GCCCCAACUCGGCCCGCCGCGCCCCGGCGCCUCGCCGCCCGCCCGCCCGCCCGGCGCCCCGGCCGGCGAGGGGCGCGCCCGCUGCAUGGCGCUGGGAUGGCGGGGGCGCCGCGCGGCCGAGGCGGCGGCGGAGGCGGAGGCGGCGCCGGCGAGUCUGGGGGCGCCGAGCGGGCGGCGGGGCCGGGCGGCCGGCGCGGGCUGCGGGCGUGCGAUGAGGAGUUCGCGUGCCCCGAGCUGGAGGCGCUGUUCCGCGGCUACACGCUGCGGCUGGAGCAGGCGGCGACGCUGAAGGCGCUGGCCAUGCUCAGCCUGCUGGCGGGCGCGCUGGCCCUGGCCGAGCUGCUGGGCGCGCCGGGGCCCGCGCCCGGCCUGGCCAAGGGCUCGCACCCCGUGCACUGCGUGCUCUUCCUGGCGCUGCUCGUGGUCACCAACGUCCGCUCGCUGCAGGUGCCCCAGCUGCAGCAGGUCGGCCAGCUCGCGCUGCUCUUCAGCCUCACCUUCGCUCUGCUGUGCUGUCCCUUCGCGCUCGGCGGCCCCGCCGGUGCCCACGCCGGGGUGGCAGCGGUGCCGGCGACAGCCGAUCAGGGAGUCUGGCAGCUCCUUUUGGUCACCUUCGUGUCCUAUGCCCUGCUGCCCGUGCGCAGCCUGCUGGCCAUCGGCUUCGGGCUCGUGGUGGCCGCCUCGCACUUGCUGGUCACAGCUACGUUGGUCCCCGCCAAGCGCCCACGUCUCUGGAGAACGCUGGGUGCCAACGCUCUGCUCUUCCUUGGUGUGAACAUGUAUGGUGUCUUCGUGAGGAUCCUGGCUGAGCGCGCCCAGAGGAAGGCCUUCCUGCAGGCCCGGAACUGCAUUGAGGACCGGCUGAGGCUGGAGGACGAGAAUGAGAAGCAGGAGCGGCUGCUCAUGAGCCUCCUGCCUCGGAAUGUUGCCAUGGAGAUGAAGGAGGACUUCCUGAAGCCCCCUGAGAGGAUUUUCCACAAGAUUUAUAUCCAGCGGCAUGACAACGUGAGCAUCCUCUUUGCAGAUAUCGUGGGCUUCACAGGCUUGGCGUCACAGUGCACGGCCCAGGAGCUGGUGAAACUCCUCAACGAGCUCUUCGGGAAGUUUGACGAGCUGGCCACGGAGAACCACUGCCGCCGCAUCAAGAUCCUGGGAGACUGCUACUACUGCGUGUCUGGCCUCACUCAGCCCAAGACUGACCACGCCCACUGCUGUGUGGAGAUGGGCCUGGACAUGAUCGACACCAUCACGUCCGUGGCUGAGGCCACUGAGGUGGACUUGAACAUGCGUGUGGGGCUGCACACCGGCAGGGUCCUCUGUGGGGUCCUGGGCCUGCGUAAGUGGCAGUAUGAUGUGUGGUCCAACGACGUGACCCUGGCCAACGUCAUGGAGGCCGCCGGCCUGCCUGGGAAGGUUCACAUCACAAAGACCACCCUGGCGUGCCUGAACGGUGACUAUGAGGUGGAGCCGGGACACGGACAUGAGAGGAACAGUUUUCUGAAAACGCAUAACAUCGAGACCUUUUUUAUUGUGCCCUCACAUCGGCGAAAGAUAUUUCCAGGGCUGAUUCUCUCAGACAUAAAACCGGCCAAGAGGAUGAAGUUCAAGACUGUGUGCUACCUGCUGGUGCAGCUCAUGCAUUGCCGGAAGAUGUUCAAGGCCGAGAUCCCUUUCUCCAACGUCAUGACCUGUGAGGACGACGACAAGCGGAGGGCAUUGAGAACAGCCUCGGAAAAACUCAGAAACCGCUCGUCUUUCUCUACAAACGUUGUCCAAGCCACCCCCGGCACACGUGUCAACAGGUACAUCGGCCGCCUCCUGGAAGCCCGCCAGAUGGAGCUGGAGAUGGCAGACCUGAACUUCUUCACCCUGAAGUACAAGCAAGCUGAGCGAGAGCGAAAGUACCACCAGCUUCAGGACGAGUAUUUCACCAGCGCCGUGGUUCUGGCUCUCAUUCUGGCCGCCUUAUUCGGCCUUGUCUACCUUCUAAUAAUCCCACAGAGUGUGGCUGUCCUGCUCCUGCUGGUGUUCUGCAUCUGCUUCCUGGUGGCCUGUGUCCUGUACCUACACAUCACCCGGGUCCAGUGUUUUCCAGGGUGCCUGACCAUCCAGAUCCGCACCGUCUUGUGCAUCUUCAUCGUGGUCUUAAUCUACUCUGUGGCCCAAGGCUGUGUGGUGGGCUGCCUGCCUUGGUCCUGGAGCUCCAGUCCCAAUGGGUCCCUGGUGGUCCUGUCUUCCGGGGGCCGGGACCCAGUGCUGCCUGCCCCGCCCUGCGAGUCUGCGCCCCACGCCCUGCUGUGCGGCCUCGUGGGCACCCUCCCGCUGGCCAUAUUCCUGCGGGUCUCCUCCUUGCCAAAAAUGAUCCUGCUCGCCGUGCUUACCACCUCCUACAUCCUCGUCCUGGAGCUCAGCGGGUACACGAAGGCCAUGGGGGCCGGUGCCGUCUCAGGGCGCAGCUUCGAGCCAAUCGUGGCCAUCCUGCUAUUCUCGUGCACGCUGGCCCUGCACGCCCGGCAGGUGGAUGUCAAGCUGCGGCUGGACUACCUCUGGGCGGCCCAGGCAGAGGAGGAGCGGGAUGACAUGGAGAAAGUGAAGCUGGAUAACAAGAGGAUUCUCUUCAACCUCCUGCCAGCCCACGUUGCCCAGCACUUCCUAAUGUCAAACCCUCGCAACAUGGACCUGUAUUACCAGUCGUACUCGCAGGUGGGGGUCAUGUUUGCAUCCAUCCCCAACUUCAAUGACUUCUACAUUGAGCUGGAUGGCAACAACAUGGGGGUGGAGUGUCUGCGCCUUCUGAACGAGAUCAUCGCCGACUUUGAUGAGCUCAUGGACAAAGACUUUUACAAAGACCUAGAGAAGAUCAAGACCAUCGGGAGCACGUACAUGGCUGCUGUGGGGCUGGCGCCCACUGCCGGGACCAAGGCUAAGAAGUGCAUCUCCUCCCACCUCAGCACGCUGGCAGAUUUUGCCAUUGAGAUGUUUGAUGUCCUGGAUGAGAUCAACUACCAGUCUUAUAACGACUUCGUGCUCCGUGUUGGCAUCAACGUUGGCCCUGUGGUGGCUGGAGUGAUCGGGGCUCGCAGGCCACAGUAUGACAUUUGGGGAAACACGGUCAAUGUGGCCAGUCGGAUGGAUAGUACCGGCGUCCAGGGCAGGAUCCAGGUCACAGAGGAAGUUCACCGGCUGCUGCGGCGGGGUUCCUACCGCUUCGUGUGCCGAGGCAAAGUCAGUGUCAAGGGCAAGGGCGAGAUGCUGACGUACUUCCUGGAAGGCAGGACCGAUGGAAAUGGCUCCCAAACCAGGUCCCUGAACUCAGAGCGGAAAAUGUGUCCUUACGGAAGAGCUGGCCUCCAGACCAGACUGGCCGCGGGUCAUCCUCCGGUGCCCCCCGCAGCUGGCCUCCCGGUUGGAGCUGGGCCAGGGGCUCUGCAGGGCUCGGGGCUUGCCCCAGGCCCCCCAGGCCAACACCUGCCCCCUGGAGCCUCUGGGAAGGAGGCUUAGUGGAGCCCAUGCCAGCCGCUCGGGGCACAGGGCACAAAUGCUUGAGGUGUUGGGGGUCUUUGGGGCUCCCGCAGGGACCAGCCCAGCCAGCAGAGCAGGGCCGGGAGCCAGUGACUGGGCUGGGGAAGGGGCACAGUCCAGGCAUGACUUGAAGCAGCUGGGCAGUGAGUCCAGCAGUGAGUCGGGUGAGGGGUGAACCCUGACCGCACGGACACCGAGGUUUUAGCGGCGACUGUGUUUGCUUUGUCCUCACCUCAGUGGCAGAGGGAGGUUGGCUGGGUCAGCUCCAGGUGUCAGGACCUUCAGGACAUUCUCCAGGGCCAUGGGCUAGAGUGGGAGCCUCAGAGGUCUGGUUGGCAGAGUGACUGGGGCGCCCACCUUGUGCCCUGAGAUGGAUCAGCGUCAGCCCAGCAGUGUGGGUCCCAUGGGGACAGCGCCAGCCCCAGGCAGUGGCUUGCAGAGCCCUGAGUGGGAGUCAGGACUCUAACAGCAGGGCAGAGCUGGACAGGCCUUAGGGGGUGGUUUGGGAAGAACUGAGAAGCCUCUGUCCCACUGCAUGCGUGGUGGUGGCCACUGGCUCUCUUCAGAUUUAGUUUUCGCUGAGAGUCAGAGGUGGGUCCUCUGGAAUUCUUGGGGGCCCUGCAGCCACAUUUCUGUGACCAGCAUAGUUCAUGUUCUGCCUCUGCGUUCUCCACCUGCCCUGCCUGAGUGCAUCAGCUCCUGUGAAACCUGGACAUUCCCUUUUCUGCCCACGCCACUGUUUGUUCAAAGGAGAGAAGGUAGUUGGUGUCGUUUGUUACCUCGCUACCGUGGCAUCUUGGGUUCCUGUAUGCUGAACAGCAGUGCACAGCUUCAUUGACUUUGAAGAUAAGUGAACCUCACAAGCAUGAGAAAGCUUCUUCCUGGAUGGAAGGCAUUUCUCCAGCAGAACCAGUCCCCUGGAUGUGGAGUUUUGGCGUUCAUGGCUGUCAGCUUAGAUGUCCCUGCUCUAAUUUGCGGGGAAAACGACUGCAAAUAGUUCUGUGCAAGGCUGGGAAUCUCCUACCAGUGUAUCUCUGUGAUUGCCAUGGAGACGAGGAGCGUGACCAUGCUGGAAUAUGCUGUUGCAGGGGGCAGGAGUGCAGGAGGGCCAGUGGGAAGGAACUGUCUAGAAAUAGCUGGACGUGGAGACCUUGACUUGCGACCGCAGCGAGGAGGGCAGCUUGAAACUGGAGGGAAGGUUCUGGGCAGGCAAGUCAAUGUGGGAGGGAUGUCCAUCCGAGACCCAGAGCUUUGACAGCAUCUGGAGGGCGUCCUGUGGGUUGCAGGGGAGCCCUGCUUGGCAGAGUUAGCAGCCUGGGUAUCCCUCUCUUCGCUGGUCUCCAAGGGCUCCACCCCCUCCCUGGGGGUCCCAACUUUUCUGUAUUGGAACAGGGGCUCACUUUGGACUGAACCCCGUGUCCUCUGGGCUCCCCCCAUUUUGGGCAUGUGUCUUGUGACUGUGGGGGCGGGUAGCCAACAGAGUUGGCCGCUUAGCCAGUAUGGAUGGGCCAGUGACAGAGGUGGGCAGGUGGACAGUCUUUCCUCAGAUGCACCCUGGAUGAGUGGUCACCCGCCUCCUACAGACAGGGCAGAACCAAGUCGUCUCCAGAGCACAUGGCUUCUGCCGGUGCGCACAUCUGUGCCAAGCUGUGGGGCUGAGAUGCUGUCCCAGGUCCUGCUGCCCAUCUGCUCCCCGUGGCCGAGCUUCCACCCCAGGGUACGGUGGGAGGAGGUGGACGGCAUAGCGGAUUAUGACAAUGCAAAAACGCUCUGUCACCUGGCAAAGGGGGCACUCCAUUCAGGGUGCAAGCUGUAAGCUGCAGAGAGGAUCCCGGGCCAUGUGAGUUAACUCAAUGUGACCAGUGUGAUCACAUGGCCCCUUAGAAGUGGAUGAGGCAGGUAGGAAGUCAGGAAUAUUCUGAGCACGCGGUUUCUGUUUAAAGAUGAGGAGCCACAGUCGGUCGAAGGUGAGGAUGCCCCAGCCAUCAGCCAGUGAGAAAGCAGUCAUUGCUCCCACAGCCACUGGCUCUGAAUUCACAUCGACUUGAGCGAGAUGGACCCUGAGCCUGGGGUGAGAUCCCAGCCUUGCCGUGUUGGGACCUUGGGUCCACAGAGCUACGGGAUCCCCAUGUGGGUUGGCAAAGCCACGGAACGCGUGGCCCCCCUGUCACCGCCGCCUCGGGAAGCCAUCGGGGCCUCGGCUGUUCUGAAACGGCGAGGUCUCCCCUUCGAUGAGCAGAACCACCUUCAUCAUCAGCAGCUCCAAACCCUACUUGCUUCCUGUGGGCACAGGGGCCGUGUUCAGCCAUAACGUUCCUUGGGGUUUGGUCAACAAUUUCCUUUUUAUUUGUGAUAAGACUGUAUGAUAUUGCCUUAUUUAUUUUUAACCUUGUACAAUAAUCAUGUACAAAUAUUAGAGCCUCCCGAGUAGGAUUCUCUCUAAAUUAUUUAUUUUAAGAUGCUCUGUAAAUAGUGCUGGGUAAGGUGCUGCCUACUCCCUUCUGACCAAAAUGAAGGCAAGCCCAACACCCGGUGUAAACAGCACACUUUAGCCUACGCGUGAGGUCCCUAGUGCAUCCCCCUGCUUGGCUAGGCUGCUACCCUUUGGAAUGACCCCGACCUUGUGUCCUUUCAAGACCCUUGCAUGCCUCUUGUGCCUGACCUCAGUAGAUUAGAACGCAGCCCUGAACUUCCAAAUGCUUCCACAGCCCCCAACCCUGGGCCAGUCCACUCGGAGGUCUGUGUCCUACAGGGUGGACGCCUCGCCCCAGACCCGGCCGCCGUGAGCCUGCCGUGUUUAUCAGACUCCAGAGCCACCAGGGCUUCCAAUCCUUUCUGUCACUAGAAGCAAUAACUCUAACUCCAAACUGUAGAGACAGGUCUGGUCCAAAGCAGACUGGUAAGUCAGAGACAAGCCAUGUGUAUGUUUCCCCAAACUGAAGGGCACUGUGGGGCGCUGAUACCCCCAAUCCCUGGCUGGUGUGCAGGCUUGGACAGGGUCCAGCCAGCCUUCCUUGCUUUGUCUCCACCUGAUACCAUUGUCCCAGCAGCGACCUGGAUAUAAUAUUUGAAUCCUUGCUUUCACCUGCCGCUCAGGAAGGAAGAGCUGGGUUGGCCUGGCAGCUGUGUCUAGGUUUUCUCCCUGGCAGGUGGACCCAUCUCAUUUCCAGGGUGCGUCUGCCCUUCCGCAUGGCGUGUUCUGUGAUUCCCUGAGUCUGGGGAUCCUGGAGAUUUCUCCCUAUGUGGCAGGUCCUCUGGGGACAAAACGCAUGACUUGUAAGGCAAAUGCUGCCUAAGUGUACGUCCAUCACACACAUAGGAAAUGUGGGUUCUCAUGAUAUGCCCUGCAUCAAGCAGUUCCCUUACAGGGGGACCACAGACCUGCUGUCACACUUGUCGUUCUGAAGUGUGCAGGCCCGUCGAUUGUGUAUAACUAGCCCCACCGUCCCCGAAAACUAACUUGCCCUGGUUUUGUAAUGGCUUCAAUUAACAAAACAAAACAAAAACCCAAAAUCCAAACUUCGUAGAGGCAAUUGGUUUCAAAAUAUUUGCUUUGGUGAAAUAUUUAAAUGAGAGGUGGGCUGUGGCUGGCUGGCAGUUGGAGGACACGACCGUGUCCCAGGGCCCGGACGUCGCCCUCGCCAGCUGCAGUUUGCUUUGAAAGUUGCAAGUGUGCAGUAGCCUUCCCAGAUUGUCAUGUAACAUUCCCGGUUCCGUUGUGGACGAUGAAAGAUGUGGCAUCUCUUCGUGCAGCCUCCUGGGUUUGCAUCUGCCUUCACAGGACCGUAGGCUGGGGGUGGGUCUACGUCAGGUUCCAGGUCCACCGGGGGCUGUGCUGCCAGGUCUGGAGGUCAGCAGGCUGGACAGGGGGACCCUAGGCCUGGGUGUUUGGAGGCUAGCUGUAAUGGCUCAGGCCUCCACCUUGAGUUGGGAGACAGAUGGGUUUUACCCUAGGAAGUUCGCUGACACAGUGCCAUGUCCGAUGACGUCUCUUGGUCUGUUGUGAGCAGAGACCAGGCCAGGUGCCCGAGGGUUGGCCUUGUGUGCCAUGGGGGGAGUGGAAUUGUGACUUUUCCCCUGUGGUCUCAGGAGCUUGGGGCUAGUGCACCUGCAUGGGUGGCACCGGGGGAGUGCCCCAGGCAGCUGUUUCCCACUGUCAAAAGCAGGGAGGGCAUCCUUGAUUCUCUGUGAACUGAUGGCCGGGAGCCUGGCGCCAAGCAGACAGUGUGGGAGGGUGAGUGGGAUGCGAGGGACAGCUGAGUGGCUGGGGCCAGGCAGGCAUGGCCAGCAGGGUGGUCAGUCACACCAGCUGUGGACCGUGGGCUCAGCCCCAGAGGCUGGGACCCAAUCUAGAUUUCCCUCUCAGGUCAGGGGCACACCCCAGACUAUGGGCAUACAGGGGAGCUCCUGGGGACUUCUCACUUCCAGGAGGCCCCAGGAAGCUUUGGAAAGGGUUCAGGGGAUUUUCCUUUGCUCUGUGCUCUGUCCUUCCCUCUGUGCUCACAUGUGUGGGAGGCAGGUCCUGUGAUGGUGAGAGGAAAUCUGUCUUCUUUGUCCAUCUCAUGAAAUUAACAAGCCCAAUUUCAGGUGCCCCAUUUGGGCUGGACCUCCCUAAACAGCUUGACCUUAUGGUAACAACCCAGACAUUCAUAUUCCUUAAUUUUCCUGAAAGUAUAACACAUGUGUUACUAAGUUUUCUGCCAGAGGCCUAACUUAAUCUGAAUCUGUGUGUGUGUGUGUGUGUGUGUGCGCGCGUGCGCGCAUGUGUGUUUGCAUGGCAUGGUAUAAGCAAAAUUAGAAUCAGUUAUUUGUUCCUGGAAUCAGGAUGGAUUCAUAUAAGAAACAAACUAAGAAUACAGAAAUACAGACUACAGGAAUACAGGAAUACCUGGGAAUACAGACAGAUGACUGCCCCCCAGGGCAUCAGGUGAAGCCGUCCCUGUGUGCCCCUAGAGAUCGCGAGCCUGGAAGCAGGAGGCAGGGAGGGGUGGACAGAAAGGCAGCCUUGACCCCCGCUGGCAUCCGGGUGGAACCCAAGCCUCCACCUCCAGCAACUACUAGAGAGUAAGAAGGCUUUCUCCCUCCCUCCCUCCCUCCCUCCUUUCCUCUUUCCCUCUUUUUUUUUUUAUUAAAGAAUCUCUCUCCAGUAUUAGUACAAAGUUCAGGGCAUCAAGACCCCAGCCUGGUUCCACUUCCUGUCGUCUGUGUGGUGGUUUUAUUUUUGUUGUGUUUGGGUUCUGGUAUAUGUGGAAGCCUGUGGGGAGAGCUGCAGGUGGGUGGCUGUUGGUGCAGGAGUUCUGGAGGAAGGAGCUGGCAGGGCAUCCCCCACCUCCCUGCACGUGGGCAGCCACUUGGAGGUCUGGCUUCAAUCUCUGGGCUGAAGGAGAAGACAAUAGACAGAUGGUCUUCUAGGGAAUGGGUCUCAAUUGGCUGGGGAAGCCCCGGAUCUCUUGCGAUUACAGAUGGCUCCUAUUCUUCAGCCACAAAUAAUGACUGUCCCUGUAGUUAUUAAUAUAAUCCUUCAUUCCUUUGUGAAAUUCCUGAACUUCCUUGGAUUCAGUUUGUUCUACACUAAUAACCACAGGGAAAUGGCAGGUCACUCCUCUGUGCAGUUAGACUGCAUCUCCGGUGGACUUUUCCUGUGACCACAAACUGAGGAAGCCAUCAUGACUAAGACCCACGUCUAGCUCGGUAGCUGACGGAGCAUCUUCCCUGUGCUUCACCCCACCCACCUCCAAACAGCCGGCAGGGGGAGGUGUGGCCGUGCUCCCCACAUAGUUGAUGAAGAAUCUGAGGCUCAGAGAGGCUACAGACGUGGACAAAGUUGCCCAGUCCUGAGUGCAGGACCAGGAUUCAUUCCGAGCUCCUGGUUUUCCAUUUUAUUCAGCGCCUCUUGACUCACGGUGAAAUUGGGGAAGUUGUGUUGGUUUUGAUGGCGCCCUUAGCUUGUGUGCACGUGAGUGGUGGGGGUGCAUGCCAGGCUCGUUCUGAGCGGCCAGGUGGGUCCCCAGGCAGUGAGUGUGCCCCACAGCCCACCCCUUGGGUGUCCCUGGGCACAGAGUCAUCCUCAGCUGGGCCUGACACUGUGAGAUGAAGACAGUGUGUGCUCUCCUCUCAGUGCGGGCCCUGCUCCAGUAGCUGGUCCCCAGCAAAGACUUACAACAUUGGGCUGGAAUCCCUGCCCUGUCUUGUCAUCCUUUCUGUCCUAAACCUGAAUCCUGCAGUACCGUCUGCCAUCGUGUCUUAGAAACUGUCCCUCAGUGAGGAGGACCAUUAUCCUGUCACUUUCUAUAAGGCCUCUCUACCAUUGGCCUGGGAGAGAACCAGGCCCUCAGACGCUCCCAAGCUGCACACACUUCUCCACUUACAUGAAGCCAACCGAGCCCCCAGCAGGUGGCUCUACCAAGUCAGAAUCCUCUGGUGUCCUUGUCACGCUAUGACGUGGAAGAGGCGGUCAGUGUUCCUUUCUGGGGAUUAGAGAACGUCCAAGAGCAGGUUUCACUGAGAAUGUGUGGAAGGUGAGGCAGAGACUUGGUGGAUGGUGAAGAAUUGGGUGCCUGCAGAGUGCAGGUGUCCCUGACUCCCCCAGGGCUGGCUGGCUGCCAGAGCAGGCUGCUCAUCUUCAGCAGGAUUGGAUUCUAAAAACAGCUGGCAGUCCCUUAUUGAGAACUGAUGUUUAAGCAGAGAGGAAUUUCUAGACAACCCCCAGAGCUGCCCACCCUUGGGCUUCAUGAGUGCAUGCAGGGAAGCAUGCGGGACCAGCCAGCCAGAGAGCCAUGUCUGGGGCUCACGCUCCAGAUGGCACUCCAUGGGCAGCAGGCCCACCAGUAGCCAGAACUUGAUUUUUGCCUCCCACCAGCAACCCCCACGCAACUCCUGGCCCAGGCACGCAGCACAUGUCUCAGGGCACCAUUCCUACGUUCCGGGAAUCCUGACGAAGCCGCUGCUGCGGCCUCUUCCACGGGCCAGGGUCGCCGAUGCUUCCUGGGCAUCAGCCCCAGAGAGGCACGUGGUUUUGCCUUCAUCUCUUUUGAAACUGUGGCCGCGUGAGCCGUUUGCACUCAACAUCGCAUGCUGUGAAAUUCCUAACCGUGUAAAACUUAGUUUGGAUUCCAAAACUCGCAGCAUGUGCAAAGGGACAGGCCCAGGCCACCACGGGUCGUCUGCUGGCUGGCCGCAGCGCGUCCCACCUCGGCGGAUCCUGGACCCUGAGCCUGUGCAGCUCCUGCACCCCUCCUGAGUGUCUCCUCUCAGCCUCAGUGCACUCCCCUUGUCUCUCGUGCACACCGUUCACACCAACUGCACCCCACCUUGCACAAGCAGAGCUAAUGUACCAAUUCUGACCAUCUCUUAGCAGCAGAUUCCACUCCCAUUUAAGGUAAACCCAAAGCUCACUCUUGGAUUUUCUUUACUCAUUGAGAAGGGUUGUGUGAACCCCUCGCCCUCCUGUGUCCCUCCAGGGAGCACAGAGUGGGCUGGGGUGACACAUUGUCCCGCUGGUAGAGCUCACGGAAAAUGCUUCUUUAGACGCGGAAACGAAACGUCUGUACCCGAAUGACAACAACUCAAUAUCACUGGGUAACUUCUCAUGAUAGAUUUGUAUAAUCAAUACGGGUCUAUUUUUAAGUCCACUGAACACUGUAGAGUACCUUCCAGUCUUUUCCAAGAUUAUUAAAUUGAGACAAGUAAUUGAAUAAUUUGUCCUAUUUUUAUUUAAAAAAAAACAGUGAAUGGACUGAAAUGUUAAAUGUGAAUGUACAUUUCUUAAUUGCAACUUUUCUACUGAGUGUUUGCACUAUACUUUCUGGAAUCUUAUUUAACAAAAAUAAAGGAAAAAAAUUGCUUGACUAAA